AUGUUCCCAUAUCAACUGGUAUAUGGAAAGGACUGUCAUUUACCAUUGGAACUGGAACACAAAGACUUUUGGGCUCUCAAGCUACUAAACCUCGAUAGCACCGCUGCUGGUGAAAAAAGGGUAUUGCAGCUGCAAGAACUGGAGGAGUUUAGGUCUCAAGCCUAUGAAAAUGCCAAGAUCUACAAGGAAAAUGCCAAGAUCUAUAAGAAAAAGGCAAAGAAAAGGCAUGAUCUCAAUCUGGCACCAAGGAGCUUUGAAGAAAGACAGCGAGUACUCCUCUACAACUCCAAACUGAGACUCUUCCCGGGAAAACUCAAAUCAAGGUGGUCAGGACCCUUUCUUGUCACAAAGGUCUCACCUUAUGGACACAUAGAAAUUAUGGAAGAAAGCUCAAAGAGGACAUUCACUGUGAACGGAAAAAGGCUCAAAUACUACCUGGGUAACAUGGGGGAAAGCCCCAAACUGAAGUAUAAUCUCAGCAAAGGGAGCAACCGUCGAGCUAGCUACGCUAAAAAAGUGCUUUGUUGGGAGGCAACCCAACUUGAGGUAGUUUUCUUUUCAUGA